AUGGCCAGCACCGAAAAAGACCCCGAGACCAUCGCCUUUGCCCGGACGCUCUCCAACGUCCCCUGGUGUGAAGACUACGAAAAAAUGAUAUCAGGAGUCCUGUACGACGCUCAGGCAAAAGAGCUUGUAGACGGCCGCUUCCGCGCAAGACGCCUCAUGCACAAGUACAACAACCACUUCCCCGACGACGCCACCCCAGACUCCCUCCUUGCAGACCGCGAGGCCAUGCUGCAGUCAACCUUUGGAAAAGUUGGCAAGGGCGCUUUUAUCGAGCCACCCAUCAACAUCGAUUACGGCUGUAACAUUACCAUUGGGGACAACUUUUACUCCAACUUCAAGUACCUCCCCUCUCUUCGACAUCCUGGCUUCGUGGGCUAA